AUGAAUAUCCUGAGGCGACUCCCGGCGAAUUUGAUCGCGAGCAGAUAUUACUACACUAACAAGAUAAAGAAGACGACCCUUUAUUCCAAAAUCAGUCCUUUAGGAAACCCUAAAUCACGCGUUUACCCAGAACUCCAAAACUGGGUUCAAUCCGGUAAAAAAGUCUCAGUCGCUGAGCUUGUUCGCAUCGUUCACGAUCUUCGUAAACGCAAACGAUUCCUCCACGCUCUAGAGGUUUUGAAAUGGAUGAACGAGACAGGUUUAUGUGUGUUCUCACCAACAGAACACGCAGUUCAUCUUGAUCUUAUUGGUAGGGUUAAUGGAUUCGUCUCUGCACAAGAGUAUUUCGAAAACCUCAAAGAACAAUACAAGAACGAUAAGACUUAUGGUGCGCUUUUGAAUUGUUACGUUAGGCAACAGAACGUUGAGAAAUCUCUAUUGCAUUUCCAGAAGAUGAAAGAGAUGGGUUUCGUUACUUCGUCUCUUACUUACAACAACAUUAUGUGUCUCUACACGAAUAUCGGUCAGCACGAAAAAGUUCCCGGUGUUUUCGAUGAAAUGAAGGAAGAGAAUGUUGCGCCGGAUAAUUAUAGUUUUAGGAUCUGUAUUAAUGCUUUUGGUGCUAUGUCUGAUCUUGAAAAGAUUGGUAAAAUCUUGAGAGAUAUGGAGAGGCAACCGGAUAUUACAAUGGAUUGGAACACUUACGCUGUUGCUGCGAAAUUUUAUAUCGAUGGUGGUGAUCGUGAUAGAGCGAUUGAGCUUUUGAAAAUGUCGGAAGAUAGAUUGGAGAAGAAGGAUGGUCAAGGUUAUAAUCAUCUCAUUACGCUCUAUGCUAGGUUAGGGAACAAGACAGAGGUAUUAAGGUUAUGGGAUUUGGAGAAAGAUGUUUGUAAAAGACGAAUAAAUCAGGACUACCUUAUUAUGUUGCAGUCGCUUGUGAAGAUUGAUGCUUUCGAAGAAGCUGAGGAAGUGCUUACGGAAUGGCCAUCAUCGGGAAACUGUUAUGAUUUCCGAGUGCCUAACGUUGUGAUUCGUGGGUAUGUUGGAAAAAGUAUGGAGGAGAAAGCAGAAGCUAUUCUUGAAGAUUUAGCGAAGAGAGGGAAAGCUACUACACAAGAAUUAUGGGGACUUGUGGCUACUGCGUAUGCGGAAAAGGGUGUAUUAGAUAAUGCUUUCAAGUGUAUGAACACUGCCUUAGGUGUUCAAGUAGGGAACAGAAAAUGGAGACCCGGGUCGAAGCUGGUUACAAGUGUUUUAAGUUGGCUCGGCGAUGAAGGAAGCUUGAAAGAAGUAGAAAGCUUUGUUGCGUCGCUUAGGAAUUGUAUCGGUGUCAACAGACAGAUGUAUCAUGCUCUUGUCAAGGCUGGUAUUAGAGAAGGCGGAAGCAACAUUGAUACUCUGUUGCAGCGAAUGAAAGAUGACAAAAUUGAAACCGAUGAAGAAACCACGGCAAUUCUCAGCACAAGAAGACCUUGCUGA